AUGUUCGCCUUGAUAGUCGGCAUUGACUCAUAUCGGUCCGAUCAGAUCCCCAACCUGACUGGAGCCGUCGCGGAUGCCUUAGCCGUUUGCAGCUCCAUAUCUAGUUAUGCGCAACUGCAUUUCUCUGCGUUCCAUACAGCAGUCCUCUUAAAUGAGCAGGCGACCAAAGCCACCAUCAUCCGCGAGCUUCAGAGUUUGAAAACGAACGAGCGUAUUCAGCGCGAUGAUCCCAUACUGAUAUACUUUGCUGGUUAUGGGUCCUCAUUUGCUGCUCCAAGACUUCGAAGUAGCUCGCCCUCCAGAGAUGGUCACGGCCCGGAGAAAAUUAAAACCUUCGUUCCUCAUGACUGCGACGAGACCGUCAGCGCGAUAUCGGAUCGAACGAUAGUGGCUUAUUUGGACGAUCUAGCUAAUAUCAAGGGUGAUAAUAUUACACUUAUAGCGGACUGCUCUCAUUCGAAACCCGAUCCUCGCCAUGCUGAAAACAUGCCUAGUCUUCGCACACGCUUCGUGGAGCUCCAGACUUCCUUCAUGUUCUCGGACAUUGACGCCCAUGUGUCACCAAGACCGCCCUCACACGACCGCUCCAUGUCUAGCCAUCAAACCUCGCAUGUUUUUCUUUCCGCUUGCGGAGGGGACGAAUCUGCGUAUGAAGUGAAUGGAAGAGGUGUUUUCACACGUGCUUUACUGAAGGUUCUCGAGUCUGCGGCAAGUGAGCGCGUUAGUUGCGAGGAGCUCGUGAAGAAGCUCGCUAUUCUUCCAUCGCAGAGCCCACGAUGCGAGGGCAAUCAUCGCGACCGACUUCUUUUCACCACGGAAUCGGCGGGAACUCCUAGCGAUGAAAAUGCAAAUUUCCUUUCGUCAUUUGUUAUUCUUCGGCGACCCACACUGCCUAUAGUCCGUGAUAACGCUACAUUAUCAGCCGCGACAUCUCUGCCCACGAGCAGAGAGUAUAUUGUCCGGAUCAGCAUCGAAGUUGACCACCAGCUAGGCAAUGUGGUCCAACCUCUCAUGGACAGGCUCAUCGCAGAUGGUUUUGAUACCAAUACACUUGUAUCUGCUGCACCAAAGGACUCCACGGAACCACUAGAUGCUCGUCUUCAAAUAUCCGUGGUGAACGGCGUCGCUGUAUUUGACCACUUCACAACACACCCUCUCGACCAUAACUCCCUACCCAGCAGUUCAGUACUUCCGACCAGGCUCCCCUUCACUGCCAGGCCCGAUAUCGAUUUUCUCUCUCCAGUAAUCCUGGCGGCCGUACGGUGGUAUUGUCACCUCCGAUGUCAACCUUCGAAGCACAUAUUGUGCGACGACGGUAAGGUGACGAUUGAUUUUACGGAGCUCGCAGUCGUGUAUGAUGACAUGGAGAUGCCGGACCAUCUCGUUCCUUCGGGGCCGAACCUUGUAUCGACUGGUCCCCAACUUGGAAAUGUAGUCGAUUUGGUGGUGGACAGUAGCAAGUUGUAUGGGCAGACUAUCAGAAGUUCUCAUCCUCAUGCGCUCUAUCCCUACCUGUUCUACUUUGGAAGUGGUGAUUUUAGCGUUGUCCAGAACCUUUCUCUGAUACCGUUUCUCUCCCCCUACUCGGAUACCGCAUUACCGACUGUUUCAGUCCCAUGCUAUCUUGUGCCGAACUCCAACUCAAGAAAUAUCGCGAAUGCCCCCCUAUCCGCAGACAGUCCUGCUCUGGGAGUAGGCUAUGGCUCGGACGACGCAGUGCCCUAUAGCUAUUUUCUCCCAGACGGAAAGGACAUCGAUGUAGGGUAUCUUAAGCUAUUCUUAACGACAACAUGGUUCGACAUGGCCUGGAUUUCACAAGGAUAUCCUUUUCCGGAGCUAAAACAGGACGAUGAAAGGAAAAGAGUGGAGAUGCUUAGUUGCAAUGUUUGUGACGAGGUCACCGUUGCUGUGGUGCAGAGGAGGUUCAAUUCUGCUAAACAGUAG